AUGUCUUGCGGAAAUCGUCCGCUAGUUAAAGAAUGGGAUAAACCCAAAAAUUUAAGAAUCAUAAAGCCGUCUCGGUACGAACAAAACGAAGCAUCAGUUAGAGUUCACUGGAAAAAUGUCAUCCGUAAUUUGGAACUAUCUUAUAAAGAUGAAACGUUCUGGAAAUCACAAGGAGAAACCGUCCGUGAAUUAGUUGGACCAAAAAUAUUUAACAGAAUUACAAAAAUUUUUAAUUUAAAUCUGGAUCAAAAAUCUUAUGAACCACGAUCAGAAACAUCCCUUGAACCUUCAGAACUCUUCUAUCAGAUGACGAGUACCUCUAAAGUUCCAAUGCGAUCAUCAUUUUCAAUGAGUGAUUUUGAUUCGUCGUUAUAUGAAGAUUUAUCUGAAGAAGAAAAAGCGGCAGAACAAUCUGAGAUUUGGAAUAUUUCAUCAUCGUCUUCUGAGCUAAAAAAGACGUCCCGAUCUAAAUCUAUUGUUAGAUCUAAAUCAUCGAGUACAUCGAAAUCUGCGACUAAGUCCCUAUCAAAGUGUGUGAUGUCCAAAAAAUCAUGUACUAGACACUCUCGAAUGCUAAAAUCUAGUCCCUCUAGCAUUGACGAACCAGCAUCGACUUUAGAUGAUUUAAAAGUACAAAUGAGUACACGAUCAAAAAAG